AUGAGCAAUGCACGUACCGUUGAUCUGAUUGGACAUCUGCACUGUGACGUAUUUAAUCAAGACAAAUUUUCACUCAACGGUGUGGAACUGCGUCUUCGACUUGUGAGAUCAAGAGACAGUUUUUGCAUCAUGGAAGCCGAAAAUCGCCACAAGCUGCACAUACUGGAAACUUCACUGCUCGUUCGCCGAAUGAAGAUUAGCCCUGGAAUCUUGCUGGCGCACGCACGGACGCUAGCCAAAGGUACCGCAAAAUAUCCCGUCACCAGAGUCGAGGUGAAAUCUUUCACCAUACACGCAGGAGUACAGGCAGAAACACUGGACAAUGUCAUACUUGGAAAACUACUGAAACAAGUGAUAAACGGUUUUGUCAGCAAUAAAGCCUUCAACGGCGACAGACAGCGCAAUCCGUUUAAUUUUCAAAACUACUCUUUGAAUUUCCUGUCGUUGUACGUCGACGGGGUGCAAGUCCCAACGAAGCCGCUACAGAUGAGUUUUGGCAAAGACGAUCUCUACGGGGACGCUUAUAACACCCUCUUCUCCGGUACGGGGAUUCAUUUUCUGAACGAAGGAAACGGUAUCGACCGGCAGCAGUUCGCUAAAGGAAAUUCUCCAUCGGCUUUUGACCUAACCCCCGAUCUCUCGGCCAACUGUACAUCGCACUGGUUGCUCAUCAAACAUGGAACUCUCAGGGUCGAAGUGCGGUUCGAUGGUGCCCUCAAAGAAACUGUGAAUUGCCUAGUGUACGCUGAAUUUGAUAAUCUUAUUGAAGUUAAUGCUGCACGUCAGGUCAUUACAGAUUUUUCGGGCUAA